AAUCUGUUUUCUAUGCAAUACGUUUAUAUCAAUACACAUCUGUUAAAGUGAAAACAAUGGUCCACAAUGAUUUGUCAAGUGUUUAUAUAUUUGUUUGAAUGUGUGACAUUGACAACAGAAGAUUUAAACACUAUUCGAUAAGAGUAGUUAUCGCAGAGUGAUGAAAAGAUUAAUAAUAUUACUAUUACUAAACGAUUAUUUCUCUGUAUCACUUUUUAAUUUCAUAAAGAUGCAGAGUUCGAAGUCUUCCAUAUAUUAAUGAUUGAAAGCCAGUUACAUUAUUGCCUCCCGUAAUGUGUUGUCUGACUUCAAUCUCUAUACAUUUUAUGAAGUCACUCACAAAGCAAUUGUGUCAACAAAAUUUAAAAGAAUAAAAUUCUAAUCAAUUCUUCAAUCGAUGUAAAACAAAACUAAAAACUAGAAAUAUUGAUUCAAAAACUUUGCUAAAAUGGCUUAUUCAAUCAAUCGAAAACCUUUGUUAGCUAAUUCAACUAGUGAUAGUGAAUUUGAUGAUGAAUUUGAAACAGAAGUCGAUGAUGCCAGUGUUUCUGUGCCUGAUCAAAAGCCAUUUUUUAAACCUUUACCGAGAGACAGGUACAAUCUUGCAUAUAUCGUAUUUUAUUUACUUGGAAUAAACACUUUGAUACCAUGGAGUUUUUUCAUCACUGCCGAUGAUUAUUGGAUGUACAAAUUUCGAGAAAUCCAUCCUAAUAAUACAGGAACUAACAAUUAUACGCACACUGAAAUUUUAGAAAAGAGAACAGAUUUACAAGCGAGUUUUACAUCGUAUUUAAAUGUAGCUAGUGCAAUUCCAAACACAUUUUUUCUAAUACUCAAUACCUUCUUAAGUAAAAGAAUAUCUCAAAAAGUGAGAAUGAUUGGCUCGCAACUGUUGAUUCUGAUUAUGUUUAUCAUUACUACCGCAUUUGUAAAGAUAAACACAGAUGAGUGCCAGCAUGUUUUCUUGAUUUUAACUCUCACAUCAGUUGCAUUCGUGAAUGCAUUAAGUGCAAUUUUUGGUGGAAGUUUAAUGGGAAUUGUUGGACGAUUUUCCUCCAAGUACAUCACUGCCAUGUCAGGAGGUCAAGCUUUAGGUGGAAUAUUCACUGCCCUAACUGAAAUUGUUGCACUUUGGAUUGGUGCAAGUCCUGUCAUUUCUGGAUUAAUUUUUUUUAUUAUCGGUGAUGUGGUACUUUUCUUUUCGCUAAUUGCGUACAUUUUUCUGGAAAAAGAGGAAUUUUUUAAGCAUCAUAUGGUUGAAAAAUCAUAUCAAGAACCAAAUUUUUCUGUUAAUGCAGAAGUUAGUUUUGUUGAUAGACAUAGAGUAUCAUACACAAGAAUAUUAAAACGUGUUUGGCCUUAUGGAUUGUCGAUGUUUCUUGUAUUUUUUGUCUCUAUAGCCGUUUAUCCGGCAAUUACAGUAUUAGUAGAAAGCCAAGAUAAAGGCAAAGGAUAUGCAUGGAAUGAUAUUUACUUUGUACCAGUUGUGACUUAUCUCACAUUCAGCUGUGGAGAUUAUAUUGGAAGACUUCUGUCUGGUAUUUUUUUGUGGCCAAAAAAAAAGCCAUAUCUUGUAGUGAUUUUGAGUCUGUUGAGAGGAUUAUUCAUUCCUGCUUUUCUGUUUUGCAAUGCUCAACCACGCCAUCAUUUACAAGUUUAUAUUGAAAGUGAUGUUUAUUACAUAUUGUUGACUGUAUUAUUUGCUAUUGGGAAUGGAUAUUUAUGUAAUAUAUGUUUUAUAUUAGCUCCAACUAUUGUUGAGCCACAAGAUAAAGAAAUUGCUUCGAUAAUGAUGGGUGCUUUUCUUGGAUUAGGACUUACGGCUGGAUCGGCAUUAAGUCUCAUUUUAGUAAAAGUCUUAUAAUUUGAAUAUAUUUUUCUUUUUUCUCAAAGAAAAAAGAAAAAUUUAGCUAAAUGUGCAAAAAAAUAAUUGUUUGAUCUGUAAUUCGACUGAGAGUAAGUAAUUAGCGAAUCAUCAUACAAAUCUCAUUUUUCAUUCAUUUCAUAAAAAUUUAAUUGUUAGCAUUCCAACAACCAAUGAAUUUAUCAUAUCAAUUAAAUCAAUCAGUAUAAUAUUAAUUUAAUAAGAAGAUAAUUACUGGAAUUUUUGAAAAUUAAUUGCUUUAAAAUAAAAAUUAUUUUUUAUAUAUAAUUUUUUUGUAUCAAAGCACACAUGUAAAAAGCUUUGAUAAAUAAUUGAAGAAAGAAUAAUUGUUUAAAUACACAUCUAGUCUGGAUCAACAUAUGAGUAUACAUGACAAAAAAUGAAAUACGAAUGUUAAUAGGGUGUUCUGAAAACAAAUUACGCAUAAUUUAAAAAUUAUAUUGAAAAUUUGUAUAAUUUUUAUUUAAUAAUAAUUCUUAGGAAUUUAAUAUAAAGUUAACUUAUAAUUUA